GGUCGCGGAGGCGCUGGCAGCGUGGGAACCAGCGGCAGGCUAUAGGGAAAGCUACCCGACAGUGCCGGCCAGAGAGUCCAAGUAUCCCAUUAGGUGUCUGGGGAUGGCGAGACUGGAUGUGGAGCCCCUGAGCUGGCUUUGCACUGUCCUUUCGUUUUCACUGAGAGUUGAUCCUAAGUUCCUGGGAAGCUCUCUGUUGCUGGCAGAGUCCUCUGGCACGCAGGCUCUGAGAAUGUGUGACCGGAACGGCGGGCGCCGGCUGCGGCAGUGGCUCAUAGAACAGAUCGACAGCAGUAUGUACCCGGGGCUGAUCUGGGAAAAUGAUGAGAAGACCAUGUUCCGUAUCCCCUGGAAGCACGCCGGCAAGCAGGAUUACAAUCAGGAAGUGGAUGCUUCCAUCUUCAAGGCCUGGGCAGUUUUUAAAGGGAAGUUUAAAGAAGGAGACAAAGCUGAACCAGCCACGUGGAAGACGAGGUUACGCUGUGCUUUGAACAAGAGCCCAGAUUUUGAAGAAGUGACUGACCGGUCCCAGCUGGACAUUUCCGAGCCAUAUAAAGUUUACCGAAUUGUCCCCGAGGAAGAACAAAAAUGCAAGCUGGGCGUGGUGCCUGCAGGCUGCAUGAGCGAAGUCCCGGAGAUGGAGUGUGGCCGUUCAGAGAUCGAGGAGCUGAUCAAGGAGCCUUCUGUGGAUGACUACAUGGGUGUGACCAAAAGGAGCCCUUCCCCACCAGAGGCCUGCAGGAAUCAGAUCCUCCCUGACUGGUGGGUCCAGCAGUCCAGUGCAGGCCUGCCACUGGUGACCGGGUAUGCCACCUAUGACACUCAUCAUUCAGCCUUCUCCCAGAUGGUGAUCAGCUUCUACUACGGAGGCAAGCUGGUGGGCCAGACCACCACCACCUGCCUUGAGGGCUGCCGUCUGUCCCUGAGCCAGCCGGGGCUGCCUAAGCUGUAUGGGCCCGAUGGCCUGGAGCCUGUGUGCUUCCCUACUGCCGACACCAUCCCCAGUGAGCGGCAGAGGCAGGUGACCCGGAAGCUGUUUGGGCACCUGGAGCGUGGCGUGCUCCUACACAGCAACUGCAAGGGUGUGUUCGUGAAGCGGCUGUGUCAGGGCCGCGUGUUCUGCAGCGGCAACGCAGUGGUGUGCAAGGGCAGGCCCAACAAGCUGGAGCGGGAUGAGGUGGUGCAGGUCUUUGACACCAACCAGUUCUUCCGAGAGCUGCAGCAGUUCUACGCCACCCAGAGCCGCCUACCCGAUAGCAGGGUGGUUCUGUGCUUCGGGGAGGAGUUUCCGGACACGGCACCCUUGCGCUCCAAACUCAUUCUGGUGCAGGUGGAGCAGCUAUAUGCCAGGCAGCUGGUAGAGGAAGCAAGCAAGAACUGCGGGGCUGGCUCCCUGAUGCCAGCCCUGGAGGAGCCCCAGCCGGACCAGGCCUUCCGGAUGUUUCCAGAUAUCUGUACCUCACACCAGAGACCCUUUUUCAGAGAAAAUCAACAGAUCACCGUCUAAGCCUCAGUCUGGACACCCCACCUCCCCUGAGCUCAAGCUUGACGAUUCUGUGACCAAGAGAAUUCUGAAAGGACAUGGUCCCCUCUGACUGGGGUGGGCGGGUAUCCUCCGAGGGGCCUCAGGAAGCCCACAGAUGGACACACUCCUACUCAGGCAGGUGUCAGAAGCUUGCAAGGACUGUGGUCAGAACCUGUGAUUAAAGCAUAUUUUUCCUGCGUUUCCCCCUUCACCGUUCAUGGCUGGCCUUCUUUCUGCAUGCUGAGGUCUUUGUCACGGUGAAGGUUCAAAUCAUCUGGUGGCAGCAGACCUGCCUUUGUCCUUCUGUGGCUGAGGGUAGAGAUUUAUGACUUUCUCUGCUUGACUGUAGACGAAGAGACUUUACCGUUCAGGCUUUUUGUUUUUGUUUUUUUUUUUUUUUUUUUUUUUUUUUGGCCAGAAGUCUGAAAUAAUAAGUUGACAAUAUAUUUUUUUACCCAAACGGGUUUCACUUUUAAAGUGGUAUUAGUUUUCCCACAGGCUCUACUGUAAAUCAUGUUAGACCUUUCCUGUAAAGUGGGGCAGAUUAUAAAUAUGGGUGUAGAUACUGCUUGCGGGCUUCACAGGAAUUUUGGUUGUGGUUCAUUGAUCCACAUGACUCUGUGUCAGCUGACAGGGCUGCGUGGGGCAUUGUAGAACCAGGCACUGCCGAGAGGACCCAUUCAUUCACUGGCAUCUCAACCGUCCCUUGUCCCGUUCCAUUCCCAGUCCUAAGACCCACUGAAAAGCAGUGUCUAAACUGUGCUCUGGGCUCAGAAGUGCUCACCCACAUGUCAGGGAGAGGAGCACAUCCUACACAGUGGGUGCAGAGUGGAACAUCCACCCACAGCACCAUUGGUGACCCCGCAUCUGGCUGUCCAACCUAGUACGUGAAUAAUCUAAAGCAGGGACUGCAGUCCUGCCUAAGGGACAGGUUCUGUAGGAGAGAGCCGCCACCAAGGAUUUAGUUUGGCCAUCAGUACACAGCAGGUGCAGAGGCCAAGCAGAUGUGGGGGCAGGGGCACCAUCAUCUGCUCUUGUCUGAGGACAGUAGGGGCGGUCUCUGUUUGUUCUAUUUUGUAACCAUCCUGGGUUAGAGGCUCAGCGCAGUUAGAGGAACCUAUUCUGUUCACAUUCCCUGGGGAAGGUCAGGGAAAGCCUUACCUGUAGACUGUUCCGGAAAAAAGCGUGCGGGUGCAGAAGAUAGUCCCUGGCGGGUACAAGUGAGUGACAGGCCACACCUUACAACUUGAAAGGCUAAGGACCACAGUGACCUUUGUGGCUACUGUAAGAAGGCAAUGGGGUGGGGCCUUCUCAACAGACAAGGUCGCCAUCCUGUGUGACUCAUGCAAACAGAAUCUUGGGGCCUGCUUCUCCCCCUCAGCCAAAGCAGGAACAUCUCUUCUGAAGCCAGGACAACCUGUUCAUCACUGGCCCCUUGUCACAUGUCACUCCCCAACCUGCCUCAAGGAAUGCUAGUGCCCCAAAUCUGUAAUCCAAAUAUUUAUUAAAAUGAGUUGCUCUUUCAUAAAA